CGGCACGAUGUACUCUGAGUGGAGGUCGCUGCAUUUGGUGAUUCAGAAUGAUCAGGGCCACACCAGUGUGCUGCACAGCUAUCCAGAGAGCGUUGGGCGAGAGGUGGCAAACGCGGUGGUUCAUCCUCUCGGGCAGGCCUUAGGUACCCCUUCAGUGGCUGGGAGUGAGAGUUUGUUAAAAACUGACAAAGAAGUAAAAUGGACCAUGGAAGUAAUUUGCUAUGGACUGACCCUUCCAUUGGAUGGAGAGACUGUAAAAUAUUGUGUUGACGUAUAUACCGACUGGAUUAUGGCUUUAGUGUUACCGAAAGAUUCUAUUCCAUUGCCAGUUAUUAAAGAGCCUAAUCUAUAUGUUCAAAGUAUACUAAAACACCUGCAAAAUCUUUUUGUACCAAGACAGGAACAGGGCUCCAGUCAGAUCCGACUAUGCUUACAGGUCCUGAGAGCCAUUCAAAAACUGGCCCGUGAGUCAUCCAUUAUGGCCCGAGAAACCUGGGAAGUCUUAUUGUUGUUUCUUCUGCAGAUUAAUGACAUACUUCUAGCGCCACCAACUGUUCAAGGUGGCAUUGCUGAGAAUCUAGCAGAGAAGUUGAUUGGUGUUCUCUUUGAGGUUUGGUUACUAGCAUGUACGCGGUGCUUCCCAACACCUCCUUACUGGAAAACAGCCAAGGAGAUGGUGGCUAACUGGAGGCACCACCCGGCAGUGGUGGAGCAAUGGAGCAAGGUCAUCUGUGCGCUCACUUCAAGAUUGCUACGCUUUACAUAUGGUCCUUCAUUUCCUCCAUUUAAAGUUCCCGAUGAAGAUGCCAGUCUGAUCCCUCCUGAAAUGGAUAAUGAGUGUGUUGCACAGACUUGGUUUCGCUUUUUACAUAUGUUAAGUAAUCCCGUGGAUUUGAGUAACCCAGCCAUUAUAAGCUCUACUCCCAAAUUUCAGGAACAGUUCUUAAAUGUGAGCGGAAUGCCACAAGAAUUGAAUCAGUAUCCCUGCCUUAAACAUCUGCCUCAAAUAUUUUUUCGUGCCAUGCGUGGAAUCAGCUGUCUGGUGGAUGCAUUCUUAGGCAUUUCUAGACCCCGAUCAGACAGUGCUCCUCCAACACCCGUAAACAGAUUGAGUAUGCCUCAGAGCACUGCUGUCAAUACCACCCCACCACAUAACCGGAGGCACCGGGCUGUUACUGUGAAUAAGGCCACCAUGAAGACAAGCACAGUUAGUACUGCUCACGCCUCGAAAGUUCAGCACCAGACAUCCUCCACCUCUCCUCUGUCAAGUCCAAAUCAGACUAGUUCAGAACCCCGGCCACUGCCUGCGCCCCGGAGACCAAAGGUUAACAGCAUCUUGAAUCUCUUUGGAUCAUGGUUAUUUGAUGCAGCAUUUGUUCACUGUAAACUUCAUAAUGGGAUAAACAGAGACAGCAGCAUGACUGCAUCUUUUAUCCAAAUUCUUCUUUCUUAUAAAUCUUCCAUUACAACACAAGCUAGCAUGGAGUUUCGACGGAAAGGGUCACAAAUGUCCACAGACACCAUGGUUUCCAAUCCUAUGUUUGAUGCAAGUGAAUUUCCCGAUAACUAUGAAGCAGGAAGAGCUGAGGCUUGUGGGACACUGUGUAGGAUUUUUUGUAGCAAGAAGACUGGAGAAGAGAUUCUGCCAGCUUAUUUAUCCAGCGUUAUUCUAAACUCCCCUCCUUUGUUCUGCUGUGACUUGAAAGGGAUUGAUGUUGUGGUUCCUUACUUUAUUUCAGCUCUUGAAACCAUUUUGCCUGACAGAGAACUCUCAAAAUUCAAAAGCUAUGUAAACCCAACAGAACUAAGACGAUCUUCCAUUAAUAUCCUGCUUUCUUUGUUGCCCCUCCCACAUCACUUUGGCACAGUCAAAUCUGAGGUAGUCCUGGAAGGAAAGUUUAGUAAUGAUGACAGCUCUUCUUAUGAUAAACCAAUAACUUUUUUGUCACUGAAGCUGAGACUUGUGAAUAUACUAAUAGGUGCCUUGCAAACGGAAACGGACCCCAACAACACUCAAAUGAUACUAGGGGCAAUGUUAAAUAUUGUUCAAGAUUCAGCACUUUUAGAAGCCAUUGGUUGCCAAAUGGAGAUGGGUGGUGGAGAAAAUAACUUGAAGAGUCAUAGUCGCACAAAUAGUGGUGUUAGUUCAGCGAGUGGUGGAAGCACAGAACCCACAACUCCUGACAGUGAAAGACCUGCUCAAGCUCUCCUGAGAGAUUAUGGAUCGACAGAUUCAGCUGCUGGGCUCCUGAUUCGCAGCAUUCAUCUUGUCACCCAAAGACUCAAUUCUCAGUGGCGGCAAGACAUGAGCAUAUCACUGGCAGCUCUGGAGCUCCUCUCUGGACUGGCAAAGGUGAAGGUGAUGGUUGACUCUGGAGACCGGAAGCGAGCCAUCAGUUCUGUGUGCAGCUACAUUGUGUACCAGUGUAGUCGGCCAGCUCCUCUUCACUCCCGGGACCUGCACUCCAUGAUAGUGGCCGCUUUUCAGUGUCUCUGUGUCUGGCUGACAGAGCACCCCGACAUGCUUGAUGAAAAGGAUUGCCUUAAGGAAGUGCUGGAAAUUGUGGAACUGGGUAUUUCAGGAAGCAAGUCCAAGAACAGUGAGCAAGAGGUCAAGUACAAAGGUGAUAAGGAGCCAAACCCUGCCUCUAUGAGAGUAAAGGAUGCUGCUGAAGCCACCCUAACAUGUAUUAUGCAGUUGCUUGGCGCAUUUCCUUCACCCAGUGGUCCUGCCUCUCCUUGUAGUCUGGUGAAUGAGACCACUUUGAUCAAAUACUCCAGACUGCCAACCAUAAACAAACAUAGUUUCCGGUACUUUGUCUUGGAUAACAGUGUCAUCCUGGCAAUGCUGGAGCAACCUCUUGGAAAUGAACAGAAUGAUUUUUUCCCCUCUGUCACUGUGCUCGUCCGGGGAAUGUCUGGAAGACUUGCUUGGGCACAACAACUUUGCCUUUUACCCAGAGGAGCAAAAGCAAAUCAGAAGCUUUUUGUGCCUGAACCUCGUCCAGUUCCUAAAAAUGAUGUUGGAUUUAAAUAUACUGUGAAACAUCGACCAUUUCCUGAAGAGGUGGAUAAGAUUCCUUUUGUGAAAGCGGAUCUGAGCAUUCCAGAUUUGCAUGAAAUCGUCACGGAAGAAUUAGAAGAGAGACAUGAAAAAUUAAGGAAUGGCAUGGCCCAGCAGAUCGCUUAUGAAAUACACCUUGAGCAACAAAGUGAGGAGGAAUUGCAGAAGAGAAGUUUUCCUGAUCCAGUUACAGAUUGUAAGCCCCCACCUCCUGCCCAGGAAUUCCAAACAGCACGUCUUUUCCUUUCACACUUCGGAUUUUUGUCUUUAGAAGCAUUGAAGGAACCUGCAAACAGUCGUCUACCUCCUCACCUUAUUGCACUUGACCCCACGAUACCUGGAUUUUUUGAUGACAUUGGUUAUCUGGAUCUCUUGCCAUGUCGUCCCUUUGACACAGUUUUUAUUUUCUAUAUGAAGCCAGGCCAGAAAACAAACCAGGAGAUUUUAAAGAAUGUGGAGUCUUCCAGAAAUGUUCAGCCACAUUUCCUAGAAUUUUUGCUCUCCCUUGGCUGGUCAGUAGAUGUGGGCAAACACCCUGGCUGGACUGGGCAUGUUUCCACCAGUUGGUCUAUUAACAGUUGUGAUGAUGGUGAAGGACCUGAACAAGAUGAAGUGAUUUCCUCUGAAGAUGUUGGGGCUAGCAUUUUCAAUGGACAGAAGAAGGUGCUGUAUUAUGCCGAUGCCCUUACGGAAAUAGCUUUUGUGGUUCCUUCUCCUGUGGAGUCCUUAACUGAUUCAUUGGAAAGUAACAUCUCAGACCAAGAUAGUGAUUCAAAUAUGGAUCUUAUGCCAGGAAUUCUGAAACAGCCAUCCCUGACACUUGAGCUUUUCCCUAAUCACACAGACAAUCUUAAUUCCUCACAGAGGCUCAGUCCCAGUUCCAGAAUGAAGAAGCUGCCUCAGGGUCGCCCUGUCCCUCCCCUCGGACCCGAGACAAGAGUUUCUGUAGUCUGGGUGGAACGCUAUGAUGAUAUAGAAAACUUUCCCCUCUCAGACCUGAUGACAGAAAUCAGUACUGGUGUGGAAACGACUGCAAAUAGUAGCACUUCUCUGAGAUCUACUGCUCUUGAAAAAGAGGUUCCUGUCAUCUUCAUCCACCCUUUAAACACUGGAUUAUUCCGGAUAAAAAUUCAAGGAGCCACUGGAAAAUUUAACAUGGUCAUCCCUCUCGUGGACGGGAUGAUUGUCAGUAGGCGAGCGCUCGGUUUUCUGGUGAGGCAGACUGUAAUUAAUAUUUGUAGAAGAAAGAGACUGGAGAGUGACUCCUACAGCCCACCACACGUCCGCCGGAAACAGAAGAUCACUGACAUUGUCAACAAGUACCGGAACAAACAGUUGGAGCCAGAGUUCUACACUUCACUUUUUCAGGAGGUUGGACUCAAAAACUGCAGUUCUUAGACCACUGUCUGUCUAGGACUGUUGAACUCUAGUUUGGGGCUAUAAUAUCAAAGCAAAGCAAUUUGAUAGGCGAUCACUGUAAAAAUAAAUCACUCCCCAAGAGCUUACUGUUUAAUCACCAGAAUAGAAGAGACACGUUAUAAACCCA